UUGCGAUUCCUCCUCCUCAGUCAGUGCUCAGAAUCGUUACAUGAAUGCCCGCCAGCAGGAGUACCGUCUGGUUCGUUAUAUUCGAUUUUUUUCAAUAAUAAACUCCUAUCUGGGUCACCAAGAGUGUUCCCAAAUGGGAACGGUAGUGAUUGUUGUUUUUUCCAGAGCCUAGAAAUUCGCCAAGUGAACGACGCCGUCUCCUGCAUUUUCCAUUCGCUUCUUGCCCACAGAAGCGUUGCAAAGUUCCAGUACAAGGGCGAUUCAAACUACUCGUUAGGGUCGCUUGGCAUCAAAGAAGUCGAAUGUGAAAACAUUGAUCUGACCUACGUAAGUGUUCUUCAUGCUUCAAUUCUGUUUUCCUUUGUUGUGUUGUGUUGUGAUCUUGUGAUGAAUUGUGCUCGUUGUUUUCUCAUCUUUCCCAUCAUUUCAGUUCCUCUUCUGGGCGCACAGAUCAGCUUAGAAUUUUUCCAACGUCGCCCACGCCCAUGGCCGUUGCCAGUCGAAGCCGUGGCAUGGGAGCGCUGGAUUCUGUUUCUGGACAUCUUUAAGGCAAACUCCUACGAUGAUCUCGCUCGUAUGCGAGUCUCUGUUGCCGAAAGCGUUGGCGAGAUCGUUCUACAGCUCUGCAGUUCUAUAAACAGGCCUCAGUAUUUGCCGAAAAUGCCUACAAGAACUGAACUAUCCAACGUAUUCGAUUCCAAUCUUUCUGACUGCCAGCCCUACUUGUUCAAAGUAUGCCGCGUACCUAUCCGACCAGGUUGGUGUGAUGUUUACUCAGGAAACUUUCGUUAG